AUGGUUUUAGUUCAAGAUUUAUUACACCCAAAUCCAAGUUCUGAAAAACAAAAGAAUAAAUUGAAAAGAUUGGUGCAAGGACCAAACUCAUAUUUCCUUGAUAUAAAAUGUCCAAGUUGUUUUACUAUUAAAACUGUAUUCAGCCAUGCUCAAACUGCAGUUGCUUGUGACAAAUGUUCAACUUUAUUGUGUACUCCAACUGGCGGUAAAGCUAAAUUCACAGAAGGUGCUUCUUUUAGAGUCAAAUAA